GUCAUCCAGACCGGAUGUGAUCCGAGUUUUACCAACAAACUACCCCUUGGCCAUCAACGCUAGCUGAAAUGUUUACGUUUAAUUCACCGUCUUGGCUUCAACUCGAUGUCCUAUAAAUCAUGAUCAGAGUUCUCCUACAGACUCAACUUUCUUUCCAUCUCAACCCACACACUCAUUCACAACUUUGACAUCAAGUCAUACCACACUCUUUUACACCACACGGUCUUCACCACCCAAACCCCAACAACAUGUCUUCUCACGUGGCUCCCCUCCUGGCCGGCCUGAUCAUCAGCGCCGCCCAGCUCACCUCCGGCUCCCCCGUGGCCGACGCCCCCGUCGUCGCCGCCCCGGUCGCCGCCCUCCUCACCAACGGCACCUACACCCAGGUCGUCACCGCCAUCACCACCUACUGCCCCGAGCCCACCAUCAUCUACCACGGCAAGCACACCUACACCAUCAAGGAGCCCACCACCUUCACCAUCACCGACUGCCCCUGCACCAUCACCCACACCGGCCCCAUGCCUACCGGCGUCGCCCCGAACCCCGACUGCCCGGCCACCUGCGCUGCCGCCUACGACAAGUGCCGCGGCGCUCCCGACGCCAACCGCGCCACUUGCGCCGCCGAGUACGCCGGCUGCCUCGGAUAUAGCCCCUUCGGCCCCGACGGCUCCCUCGUGACCCCCACCGCUUGCUCCGGCACCGCCGCCGUCCCUCCCAUCGCCACAGGCAUCGUUCCCCCCGGCACCAACUCUGCCGUCCCCCCCAUCGCGACCGGCGUCGUCCCCCCCGCGACCACCGGCGCCGCCUGCGUCGCGGGCUGCAACGACGCCUACAACAAGUGCCGCAGCGCGCCCGGCGCCAACAUGUCCACCUGCGCUGCGCAGUACGCCGGGUGCCUCGGCUACAGCCCCUUCGGACCUGACGGGUCGCUUGUUACGCCUACUGCUUGCUCUGGUUCUGCUACCGGUGCGGCGCCUACUGCGACUGCGAAGCCUUUGCCUUCUGUUGUGCAGGUUGCGUCUGCUGGGCGUGCGUCUUUCGGGGUCGCUGUUGCGGCUUUGUGUGGUCUUGUUGCCGUUGCGAUGUUCUAAGGGGUGAAUGAAUGAAGUCUGUUCGAGAUUGUAUCUCGGGGGUUUGGGUAUUGGAUUCUUGUGUUAAUAGUUGGCUUUAAUAUAUUGUAUUCAUGAGACCG